UGACGCCUUCGUUAGAAAUUAUGGCUACCAGUACUGUGCCCAGCUAAUCUAACGGGUUAAAACAUUCUUCCGCAUAUAUUUUAAGAUUUGCAGGUUCUAUACAUUUUCACGAAUGACUAAAUACGUUGAUUACGGGGAGGGGAAUUAUAAAUCCGACAGACAGUUAUCCUCAACGUCUUAUAGAGACACAAGAAGGACAAAUAGUAGUAGUAGUGAAACUGGUCAUUUCGGUGGAUUCAGAGUUUACGUUGGUGAUAUAGGCCAACGCAUUGGGAGAACUGAUUUAGAAAGAGAAUUCGGACAAUAUGGACCUGUAACAGAUGUUUGGAUGGGAAGAAAACGCGAGCCGUAAGUAUACUAAUUUCAGAUGGAAAUUAUAAAUAUCUAAUCUAUCCCGCUAUUUUUGGACCAUUAAUUAACCCCCCCCCCCCCACACACACCCCUUAAUCUUGUGAAAUUUUGUCACAAAUUUGUAACUCAAAUGAACCUUUUUGACCAUUAAUUAACCCCCCCCCCCCCCCACACACACCCCUUAAUCUUGUGAAAUUUUGUCACAAAUUUGUAACUCAAAUGAACCUUUAUCAUUAUCACAUAAUAACUUCAUUUCAAAAGGGAUUUUUGAACUAAUGUUGGUGAUGCUCCUCUUGUGUUUUGUAUGAUCGAAAUUUGAAGGUAGUGAUUAAUUAAGGGAAUGAAAAAAAAAUUUACCACUUUUACUUUUACUAUUAGUAAUAUUACUAACUACAAUUUUCAAUAUAAGUACAUAUAAUUAUAAUAGGCUAUAACCAAUGUUCCCUAUAAGCUGUGCGGCUGCGCUGCAGAGCUGCCGCGCAGAUAUCUCACAGACGCAGCAGUUUUGAGUAUCCGCGCAGCAAAUUUCCAUGCAAGUGUGUGUAUGUAGGUGUGGGGCUGUAAAAUUUUGCAUUCAAAAAAAUUGAUGCUGUAAAACUUUGCACACAACUGUAUGAUUUCGCUCACGAACCAGCAAACCUUAGAGGGAACAUUGGCUAUAACUUGAAAUUUUCUGAAAGAAUAUUGCGUCCGGUAAAUUUGGAGAGAUCAGCUCGCGGCCACCACCUUGAUUAUCGCGACCCACGAACUUAUGUCCUAAAUGUAUCCCUAAACCCAACCUGAACCCUAAAUGUAUCCCUAAACCUAACCUGAACCCUAAUUAACGGCAGCUCUAAUAAACACGCAAAUGAUGUCUCCUAAUUAGCCUUGCGUCUAGUAUCUCAAAAACAUGAUUUUAUGAUGGUUUGAACAAUUUAUGAAAUAUUCAUAAAAUGAGUAGUAAAAUGUUACUCGCUCUUUAAAGGUCAAAGUCAAAAUCAAUAACAGACAUGACAUAAACGACAUAAUAGUUGAUUUUGGGUUAGAAGUAAAGCUGGCACUGGCGAUGUGUUCCAUGGCAUAUUGGUUACCCCAGAUAAACUUCCAUUACAGCAUUGUAUUUAAAAGAUUCUGAUAAUUAUGUUUGUGUUCACUUAAUUAAUGCAAGUUUUUGUUUAUUAUAUUUAUAUUAUUAUAAUUUAUAUUUUUGAAAUUAGUGGGAGGGGUUCUGGGGAAGAUCCCUUUUGUUACUGAAUUUUUAACAUGCAGGUACUUCAAUUUUCAACUAAUCAAAAGUCAGCAUUUUUAGCUCGUCUUUUUUUUUCAUUGGUGUAGGGUCAUGGGGCAUCAGCAAGGAUGUGUUUCUUUUAUGAUUUAUUUUGACAUGUGUAAGUUUAAUUUUAAUACAAAUUAAUGGAAAAUUUCAUUAUAAUGUUUUUCAUAUUAACCAUACUGAUAGUGAGAUUUAGUUUAUGCCGCCAGUAAUGCUCAGUAUAGAAGUAGAAGAGAAAAGUUAGCACACAGGUCCUAAAAUUGAUCUGUUCACCCUAAGUCGAGUGUUGGGAUUUCCAAAGGGACGUCACUGCGCUUAGGGUGAAACAACUCUUGGCAAAACCUAUACCCUUAACCCAAAAUUACCAAACAAAUUCUUUUCAUACCACAAGAUUUCAAUAAGAUACUUGUCCAAUGUACUUUCAGAAAAUGUAUACUUGUGCCUCAGACUUCUUUUGGCAUGGGCAUGGGAUUUUGUUUAUUUUGACAAUCGUAUGAAAUGCUAAAAAUGGCUUGACACUACAGAAAAAUUAACUGACAUUUAUAGGGUUAAAGAUAAAAUCAGAAUUUCAUUGAAUGUGUGUAAAAAGAAAUUAUUUUACUGUUAGAUUAAAAACUAAAAUUUUUCAAUAUUUCAAGUCUUUAAUUAUAAUUUGUAGGACUUCUCAGAAUUAUGCCUUUGUUGUCUAUCGAUACCCAGAAGAUGCAGAUGAAGCUGUUAGAGAUAGAAAUGGAAGGUGAGUUAAUAGGAUGCAUUUGCUUAUUUAGGUACAAAACAUUUUAUAGUAUUGAAGUAAGUAAUUAUACUCAUGGAAAUUGAUUGAAGACAAAAAUUGGUUAUUCACAGUGAUUAGAUUAGUAGUAUCAUACAUUACAUGGCAACUUGCAGGAUCAAAAACUUUUCAAAAAGUCCCAAAACCUGUACAACGACAUGAAAAACUUUACAGAAAAAUGAAAAGUUGAACAACUUAUAGUUAAUAAAUUUUUCAUUUAAUUUUCACUAUUUUGAAUGCAUGCAAUCUUUGCCUUUUUGAUAAUUCUGAAUCUGUUUGAAAAUGCAAACAACUAGUGCCAUUGUUAACUUUUACAUUGUAAAAAAUAAGUGAUUGUUUCACCAUUUAAGUCUAAUUCUUCUAACAGUCUUUUUUAUUUUAACAUUGAGAAUGAUUGAUCACAAACUGCAAUGCUGUGAGGCAAGGUCAGCGAUUAUAAAUAUUAUAUAUAAGUGGAGAGAUUUGGAUAUCUCAGCUUCUUACAGCUUGUUAUCUGAUGCAUCACACCAAGUUUGCCAUAUUUGGCUCAAUUUAAUCUGUUUAGGUCCGCCUAUGAACUGUGAUGCACCCUCCUUGCCCUGCCUCAUUUUCUGUCUCGGGUUAAUCCUGUAAUAUAGGCCAAAACGUGCCAAAGUGUCCUCGUUUUAUAGCCAUUUUAAUUGUUUCUAUAGUAUAGUAGUUACUAUCCUAUUGUCUCAUUUUUAUUUUACUUAGUUUACAUGUUUUUAAUAAUUGUAAAGAGCUUAGAGCCUUAAGGUAAGCGCUAUAUAAAAAUGCCUAAAUAAAUAAAUAAAUUUCGGAUGUUGGAAGGCUUCCACUGGUUCGCGACAAAUUCCAACUUUCUUUUUUAAAAUUACAUUUAGCCAUUUAUUUGGAAGUUUCCAGCUGGAGUAAAAUAAAAAAAAGAAGUUUAUAUACAAUUCUUAUUGAUGUUUUACAACAAAGAACCACCUGCUUUAGUCUUAGAAAGUGUUAACAUUAAAAAUAAGUCAAGCCGUAGUAAUAAAUAGGCAUGAAGACAAACUCUAUUCAUUGGUGUGAUAUUAAAUAUUUAAACUAUUUAAUAGAAAUAUUAAAUAUUUAAACUAUUUAAGACAAAUCAAAUGAACACUUACCGACCCUGCAGUUCUUGCUAAGAAUUAAAGAAAUGGAUUACUACCAAAUGAAAGUUUCUCAAAGUAGUUACUACCGUUCAAGCAUGUCUAUUUAUGAAUGAUUUGGAUUUGGAUGAUUUUGGUAAAAGCUAUUUUACCUAGAUAAGCCCAUAUUCUUUAUUAGGGCUAAAGAUAAUUUUAAUUAAUUAAUAGGAUAUAAGCUUCCAUUUGAUAACAUUUUCAUACAAAUACAAAUAAGUUGAUACAAAUUUGGAAAAUGUAAAAAAAAAAAAGGUUCAAAAUACAGGUAAAUGGUAUCACUUGGUAUGUGUGAGUAGAAUGCAUUGUUAACACUUUAUUGUUUCUAAACGUUUUUCAUUUUUAUAAUAAAAUUUAUUUUAAAAAUAAAUAUCAGAAAAGUGUGUGGUCGCCAAGUACGGGUAGAGCACGCAAAACCAGUAAAUAGUAAUCCCCGUCGCCAUAGAGGUAGCUGGGAUUAUAGAGGAAGAGGUGAUUAUAAUUCUUCAAGAGGAGGAGGCCAACAGCGUCGUAGGUCAAGAGAGAGAUACAACUCAAAUAGAAGGUGUGUACUUAUGUUGUGUUCAGCUUACUUUGUGCUUGUUUUAUUUGUUAUAUUCAUUUGACGUUUUUAUUAUUGAUUUUAUUUUACUUUUUAUUUUAUUGUGCUAAAUGCAAAAAAAUAAAUAAAAAUAAAAUCCCCAUUAACUACAAGAUCAGUAUUCACCAAACUAAAUUGUUGUACAGCACAACAUUUUGUUGUAUUUCUUAAUUUAAUGCCAAUGAAAAGUAAUCAUUAAUGUUUUAUUCAGAUUUUAAACUAAAUAUUUGAAAUGAAUUACUUCAAAUUUUUUGUUUUUCCAAAAAAAUCAUAAUUGAACACAUGGAAAAAAUAAUAAUUAACGGCUUGAAUAAAAAUUCUGAUUACUUUGCAUGGUUUUCUUAUUAUUUUAUUUGGAAGUCGUAGAGAAUUGCAGGAAAUGCUCUCAGAUUAGAGAAGUCUUAUUACAAUGAUAUGAAUGGGAUUUUGCAUUUCAAUACAUAUUCACAGCUAUAAUGUAUAAGGUAAUUUGAUUAGAAAUUCACUGACAGAGAUUAUGAUAAUUUGCUUGAUGUCAAUGUUGGCUGUGGUGUUUCUAAAUAGGAUUAAGUAUAAAUAGAAUUAAGGUGUUUUAUUGGUGAUAGUUAAAAUUUUAUAACUUAUCUUUGGUCUCUGUAAUUUAAUUUGUUGUCCUGACACAUUUAUUCAAGGGGGCAUCCAUUCUGGCCCAUUGUUUACAUCAGCCUGCAGCUGCCUAGAAGUCCAGAGAGGUUGUUGGAUCGUAUCGUUAGCACCCAUACGUUUGGUUACGAGCUAGCAGAAAGUUAUCGAUUGAGAUCCUGUUUCCCUUGCUGAGUGGUCGUUAGGUCCCCCAAAACAGCCGUAUCGUUGGCACUGCUUCCUAAACUACCAAUAGGUAGAAUCGAGCAAGCGAGGUGUCAGUCACGAUGGUCUAGUUCCGAGUCGAUGGCUUAAUUACAGAUGAUGGGCAAGUUGGACGAGCGUUAUCAAUCCACUUCCUGAUGUGGUCAAAGAUCAUUUUGCUCUCCUCCGCGCUUAGGACUGUUGGCUGUAUAAGCAAGACAGAACCUAAUGUCCAGUCCAGGCACAAAGCGUUCUCCAUGGUCGUUAUUUGCUCGAGGGCAUUCAGUUCUCCUGAAGUUAAAAACAAAGUCAUGGGGUAAUGUGUAUGAAAUUGUUGGGUAAUAUAACCCUGUAUAGCUCUUGUGUAAGAUUUCUGUUCCAUAUGCUCAUUUGCAUUUGAAUUUAUAUUCUGUCUUAAGUGUACUUUUUCAUGAUGUACCUGUCAGACUCCUGAAAUCAAUAAUGUAUUUUGUUAAAAUAAUAUUUUUUUUUUGGAAAGUGUGAAAAUUUAAAACAAGCUGUCGGUAAUCAUAAUCAUUCUUUCCAUUUUUUACUUAUGUCAAUAUGAUUUUACUGUUCAUUUAAAAAAAAAAUAGCUCUCAUGUUUUGGCUUCUUUUUUUGAUAUCUAGAAUCUAAAUAAAAUUAUAAGUAAUGUAGAUAAAUAAUAGCCUAUACAUAUGAUUAGAUCAUAAUUUAAUUUUUAGCUAUUUACAGUACCAAAAAAAAUGUACAGAAAACUUGCAAAUUAACUAUACAUAAUUUUUUUUUAAAAACGUUAUUUUACCCAUUGCAUAUCAACAAAAUUUAAUUUAUUUGAGUAAACUUACAUUAAGCUUUCCAUUAACAAGAAAAAUUAUAUUGAGUAUUAAUUAAAUUUUUGUAUCCACUUUCUCAGAUCAAGAUCUAUUAGUCCAGUGAGGACCAGCAGAGGCCAACAAUCUCCAGGGUCAAAUAGGCAAUGCUCUCAUUUCUCUUAUAGAUUGUAAAGAAUAUCUUGCUAAAAAUACUUAAUAAUAAAAAGAUAGGCAUUUUUUUCAAAAAAAAAGUUUAAAUUUAAAGCGUUUUGUAACAGUAUAUAUAUUGUUUCACCCGACAGCAUUAUUAAAACUAAUCGCUGAUUUCCUUUUGUGUUUUCAAUAAUUGUUUAUGUUAGGUAGGGCAGAAAUAAAAUAAGUAAAUUUUACAGUUUUCAGAAUUAUAUAAUUUAAAUACUGUUAAAAUGUGUAUAUUUUUUUCCUUAACAGGCAUGACAGUUUCAGUGAUUCUUCCCCCAAAAAAUCCAGAAAACGUUCAGCCUCUAGCUCUCCUGAUCCUAAACUUAAGUAUGUUCUUUGUUUAUUUCAGAGGAAAUAUUCUUAUAACAUUUAUUGUCUCAACUGAGUAGCUACUAGUUCAAAGCAUAAGUAUGGAGUUGUACUCUCUUCAGCAUCAAGAUAUUUAACUCAUUCCCGGCGGUUGCUACUAAAUGUGUCCUUUGGGGUUUUCAACGGAUAUGUCCCAAAUGCGUCCCGGCGCAUAGUGACACACUUCUCAUUUCAUUUAAAAAUAGCAAAGAAAUCUCACAUCAUUCGAGACAUCCGGCAAUGGCGUGGUUCAGCGUGAUUUCAAUUUAAAAACCGGAAAUCUUAUUUCACUUUAAAGCUACGUGUACUUUAGUAUCAUGUGUUUGUCUGAGGUGCCGAAAAUCAAUUUUUUGGUCAUUGUUCGUUAUUUUUUGCUGCUAAUGUUAUAUUUAUAUUUGACAUUAUUCAUUUUUUGUUGCAUUUGUUCUUAAUUCAUCAACAUUAAAUAAUAUUUAGCAGCUUAAAUAAAUAUUUUACAAAUGUAAAUCAAUUGCAAAAUGGAGUUUCUUCCCUUCGCAGGCAUAUAAAUUAAGUAUGGAAGUAGCACUGCUGUAGGGAAUGAGUUAAACAAUGUUUAGGUGUUACAGUAACAAACUUGUAAUGAGUUAUAAUGCAGAUUGGUGCUGUCUUUGUGGCAUGUUAACUUGGGAAAUGGCAAAUGUGAAAUGAAAUUUCUUAACUUACAUAAUUUUGCCUAUGCUUAAACUGAAGAUAUUUCUCAUGUAUGUAUUUUAAAAGUUAAAGUCUAUGUGCUUCAGUUUUUGGACAUAUAAAUCUUAUUUUUUUUCUUUAUCCAAGAAAAUCAAAGAAGUCCAAGAAAGAAAUAUCAGUUACCCCCUCGCCCUCACGACAGAACCAGCAGAUCCAGGACUCUGAUUCGGGAAGCCUCUCCUCCACUCCACCCCCAAAGAAGAAGAAAAAGAAGCCAAAGCAGCGAGGACACUCUUCAUCUCAGAGCCCUCAAGCCAGUGAUGAAUAUGAUGCAAGGCAGUACCAAAAGUCACAGGUUUGUUACAAUGUUUUGCAAACAUUUUUCUAGCAUUAUUAAACAGCAAUAUUUUCAAUUUUUAAAUAAAAUAUGUCAAAAUUAAUUUUAUUUUCAGGAUGGAAGAGGAGAUGGGAGAAAAAUAAGACCUGCCAAGAACAAAAAUAAAACUAAUUAUGAUGGAAAUGAUGGCUACAGUAGCGAUGAUAAUUAAUUUUCAAAACUUUUCUUAACUGCUUUAUUUGUAUUUUUGUGCACUUUUUUUAGCAAAUGCUAUAAAUAUAUUAUUCAAACAAAAUUAAUGUGACCAAACUAUAUUGAACUAAUAAUUUAAGGGUAAGAGUAUUAACAAAAUUGUAGCUGUUCAAAGCUUAAAGAAUCUCAUAAAUCAACUAAUAUUUGUGUUGAGUUUGUUUAAAAAGUGGUCCAGAUUUUUUUGCUUCUUGCCAAUGUAAAAAAUAAUUGUCUUACUGAACACUUCAUUCUAUUAUAAUGUAUAAAAAAGUUAUUUUUUAUUUUGUUGCUUAUGUAAACAUAUGAGAAAAGGUAUCGCUGGAACAUUUUUAUUAAAUUGAAGCCAUUAAACAAUGCCUUUGUCAGAGUUAACUUAAACUUUUAAUAUUGCUUAACUUCUUGCUUUGAAUAAACACAUCAAUAUUACUGGCUACGAACAAUGGUACCUAUAGUCCAGAAAUGAAACAGUACAAGCGUACCCCUACUUAUGUUAACUCUUGUUCCUUUGAGUGUGAUCUGGUUACCGGUACUAAAAGCACUGUCAUGUAUUUAAAAAAAUAACAGAUUUUUAAAAAAUUUUAUAUUAACUCCAAAACCUUAAGAUAUUGUUAUCUCAUCAUUGUAUUAUAAUUGGUUGAGAAGUGGAUAUUGUUUUAUUGUAACUGAUAAAUUAUAAAUGUAAGUACUCUGUGUUGGUCAAACUUGGCAAAUAUUUACAGAGGGGCUACUCCAACUAUAGUUUAGACCAGGGGUGGGCAACCUUUUUGUGCAGAGAGCAGCAUGAUAAUUAUUUUUUUGGCAGGCCACAUGAUAAGUUUUAAUAUACAUUUUGAAGAUAGACUAUUCACUCUGUAUUCAUUUUGAAAAGAAGCAGUGGAAUACAUAUGAAGGGCUCAAGGGAAAAACCAGUGAUGUCAGGUUUUGAGAAAAUUGAAUUUCAAGUUUGAAAAUUCCUCAUAAAAGUAUGAAAAUAUCAAGAUGUCUACGUAUUUAUUUAUUGAGUACGUAUUUAUUUAUUGAGUAUGAGUAGGCUGCUUUUUCAGUUGGACUUAUGAAUCAUAUUAUUCUAUUAAAUGGAAUGUAGCCACAAGGGAGAUAACAUGGAAAUUUUGAAAAACUGACAUCACUGGUUUUUCCCUUGAACCCUUCAUAUACAUUUGAAUUUGAUUAUUAUUACAGUUGUAUUUUAUAUAGUAUUACUAAUUUUCAAAGGCUUUUACAGAGAAAAAUUCAGUUUGUACAUUUGAAUCCGCAUAUAGCCUGAGGUCUGUAGAUUGCCCACCCAUGGUUAGAUUCACCUGCAUCAUCAAAUUAAAAUAUGCUUUAUAUAUCAAUAAAACAAAAUUUAAAAAAUAUGAAUUUUCAUGAAAUAAGCUCAUGAUGGAAAGUUUUUUCCAUUUGUGGACACUUAAAAAUAUGUUUCAUUUAGCUAUAACUAUAAGUUAUAACACCUCCAGUUCCAUUUUAUGAUAUGGUGGAGCCAUGUUCCAAUAUUUGUAUGGUAGACCCAUGCUGUUUUAUACUCAUAAAAACUGGAAUGCAAAAUGGAGAGUAUGAAAAUAAUGUUUUGUAUAUGUAUAUUUGCUUGAAAGUUCAAAUUAUUAUUGCAUGUGAUUUUUUUUCUCUUUUAAAUUGAAGUAAGUAUGCACUGCAUUACUUAUCUGUCAAACCAAUGGUUAUUCAUUUUUUAAAAUUAAAAUGAUCAUUUUUAUUUA